UCAGGAAGAAGCGAAACGCAUCGAGGGCGUGGAAGGGUCUUCAAGCGGCCACUUGUGCAGAAAUUCUAGGAGUCGGUGAGAUAACUUAUGGUGUUGCAAGACUGCGUGUAGAGAAGAUGGUUGCUAAGUCUUAGAAUCCAAGCUCCCUGUGCACAUCGGAGAGCGGUUUCGUGCCGAAGGGGGGAAAUUCUUCGGACCUUGGACAGCUCGAUCGAGAAUCUUUCUCUGCAUAGUUCCAUUUUCAUCGCUUUUGAAACGGGCAAACAAGAAGAAGGGUACUGGGAUUGUGCAUCGACUGGUUCAGCGAGCUGCGGGCCACGGAAUCUCCGCUCCGCUGCUCCGUGCGUGUGUGCACGCGAAACCGUGUCGCGCGCAGCGCGUGUGCGUGCAAUACGGCAUGGGGGCGCUGGGCAAGAUGAACGUCGUGGCCACGUUGCUGCUUUUCAGCCUUGCCAUCGCUUGCCAAUGCCUCCCAGCUUUCGGCGCGACCUUGUCGGCAAAUGCGACGUCGGUCACAGUCUCCUUUCCCGCCGCACAAAGCUGUGCAAUACUCAGCAGUGUGGCGAGCAACGAUACCCACAUGGAAAGCUGCUCGGACACCCAGGUUACGUUCUCCGGCUUGAGAGCGUACACUCGGUACAUGGUCCUCUCCUGGAAGGCCGGUGAUUCGACACAGAAAACCCACUUUAUCAACACAACUGCAGCAGCUCCCGGCGCCGUGAUCCUAGACGUGGUACAGCAGCGAUGCUGCUUGCCAAAUGCCAUGAAGAAAAACGAGAGCAGCUGGUACCUCUACGUGUCAUGGAAGCCGCUGAAUGCGCGUGACUGGAACGGCAAACCGAUAGACUUCUCCCUAUGGCUGUACGAAGAUGAUAAUAAAAUCGAUACUUUUAUCGCCGAUGCGUCCAAAAUUUCCCAUUCGUUCGUAGUACAGGAUAUCAAAGACAACGUAACCUUGACCGCCACCAUUGACGCUUACUCCAGCGGAGGGGCUGGGCCGGAAGUAAACGCGUCUGUACCCUGGUAUAUCUUACCCGCCGUGCCAUCGCCUGUUAGUACCAAGCCGCCUACGACCAUGGCACCUACGACCACACCGAUGGCAUCGACGAUGUCGGCGACGACCACUCCCAAGCCGCAAGACACAUCAGUGUUUGUGUCAGUGGAUUCCACCACCGCUUCCGACGAGACGUCAGCACAGCCGUCGCCCGCCGACAGCACCGCCACGCCGCAGACCCCCGUCGCCAACCUGAGCGUCACCUUCACCACGGCAACCGUGGCGCUCGUCGCCUGGCAACCGUGGCUGGCGGCCAACGACGCCCGCGUCUACGUCGUGCUGGCGUGUCCAACGGCAUCUGCCACCAGUGGCAACAGCAACGGCCAGGCGAUCAACUGCACACGACACCGCAUUCCAGCCGGUACAAAACAAAUUUCAAUUUCAGGUUUAGCCAAAAAUGUAAAUACAACGUUUGUUGUGCGUGCUAUUGAAGCGUCGAAAUUCAAUAGUGCAUCAGAUGAGGAGCUGCUGGAAGCCGCAUCUGGUUACAUGCUUAAGUACAUACCAAGCACGGACACUGAGCCACCCUCGGAAAAUGAUUCGGUCGUGUUGCCAGUGGUGGGUGGUGUGUGCGGUGCACUGGCACUGUCUAUGAUCAUUGCCAUAAUCGUGGUCUUCAGAAAGCGCCAGCUCAGUGCCAAGGCAGACAUUCAGAAACCACGCAGCUUGCCGUUCGCCUCCGGCACUCUACUUAACGAUGCCGUGAUGGAUGAUCUGGGUGCGGCGGACAAGGAGACAAAACGACGCAUCUCAACAGCCACCAUGACCGUUAACAUGAAUGACCUAGCAAAUGCAGAAAACCUAUACGAUACGAUGGGCGAGGAGAGUGCACAGGACCCAGCCAUGAAGCCACUGCCGACCAUUGUGGCAGCGACAGUGGACGGCGAUCUAGGGGGCAUGGACGCAGGCCGUGAUCAAGAGGAGGACAUUUACGAUGGGGUGUCGGUGUUCAGCGCUGCCGUAGCCGGUGGGGAGAAUGCCAGCACCGCCGACGCUCCUGAUCGCUCAAACUCUCGGCCUGACGGAGAACGGGCGAACGUUCAGGACGAUUACGAGAGCGUGAACGAUUUGCUGUCGCGCCAGCCUUCCGCACUCAACAACCGAAGCCAGGCCAGCAGCGGAUCGAUGAUCCGUAGGGCCGAUGGUGGAUCAAUAGUCCGUAAGGCCGGAGGUGGAUCGAUGAUCCGCAAGGCCGGAGGUGGAUCGAUGCGUAGCAAUGUUAACAGCGAUGGCCGCUGGUCGUCGUCGCCCAGCCAGGGGCAGAAGACCACGGUGCUGCUCAAUGACGUCACCACUGCUCUCUCCGGGCAGCAGCGGUCGCAGAGCCCCAACGAGUUCUACAGCCCCAUACCGACCGCGAUGGACGGCUCGUUGCGUGCGCUCCCGCAGGACAACACGAACUCUGGCAGAAGCACGGAGAGUCCUAAGCCUUCGGACGACACGAAAAGCCAGUCGUCGAUUGACUACUCCAUACCGAAUCGUGUGACGAUCCCCAUACCCGGCGAACGGCCCGUGCCACUUCCGAAGAUAACGAGAAACAAAUCUCUGCCGGCGGAGGUGGAGGACAUAUACGACGCUGUCGGCGGCAUCUCCUUGGGCGCCGAGGCCGUGUGAGGCAGCGAGCAGUGCUAUCAGCGGAGUCCCCGCUCUGCCGCUCUCUGCUUUUAUGGCGCGCCUACCUCAUCCCGAUCAUGGGCGCCGAGCCAGGCAAGACGCUGCGCGUCCAGUGUUCAGCAUGUGUUAGCUCCACUGUCAUCAGCAGCGCUUUGCAAUGUUGCCGGUUGUCGUAUCCUCGGGUAAUGGUGAUACUUGGCACCACGCUGAGGAGAAGGCGAUAUAGAUUCCGUGUGAUUACUAGAAAUAUAUGCACGCUAUCUCCGCGUGCUACAUUGUAUAUCCGUGAUACUGCAUGCAAUCAUCACCAGGCUAGGUCGGUGUAUAUUUUCCGGGAGCCGCCACCCAAAUUGGCCUUGGGUAUGUCUUGUCAUACAAUUUCUCCCGCCUAUUUGACCGUGUAUUUUCCGGGAGUCGCCGCCCAAAGUCAACUUGGAUGUGUCUUGCAAUGCAAUUUCACCCAUCUAUUUAACCUGCGGGCAUUCCCUGACGAUCUAUGUAUUUUCCUGCAUUCCCUUCAUUGUUUCAUCUCAGCCUCGGCCUGCCUCUCCUCUUCCUGUGGCAGUCUGUUUGAUGAGUGUCUCUCUGGCUUCUCCGUCCUUUUCUCGUGUUGUUCUUUUUCUCCCGUGUUUUCUUUGAUCCGAGCCGGUAUUAAUAAUUUGGCCAUACAGUAUAUAUUUUAUGGCUGCCGUGACUUUUCAAGUCCGUUCCAACCGAAGGGUUGUAGCCGAUCUGUGUGUGUACGGGAUCGCGACUUAAGAGCGAGCCACACACUCACUGUUCCGUAGCCGGCAAGUAGCGGCUGCGUCUUAGCCUCUAUUUUCUUUUGGCAGGCAAUGCCUUAGUCUCCACAGUACAUAUGCAUACAUGACUUCAAUUCUUCUGGUCAUGAAUGUUGCCCCCCCCCCCCCCCCACCAUGCUUUUUUUCUCUUCAUCCCGGCAACUUCUCCUGCACUAUAUCGGCCUCGGUAGGAUUGUCGAGGCAUUCCCCCCCCCCCCCCCCCCUUAGCAGGAUUCUCGC